AUGUCGACUCCUGUUGUAGACCUCGACGUUUUCCACUGUGUAGACGAUUUGAUCAUUGCGCGUGCAAACGAAGACAACAACGAACCUAUCAUCGCAUACCCCAAAUCAGAUGGCACGCUUACAGACUUCCAAUGUCUGACGGCAAAGGAUAUACAUCAACUCACAAAUGUGGCUGUCGAAAAACUCUUGAGCCAAGGCCUCAGGCGAGUUGAUAAGGACAGCGAUGAGGCGGAGACUAUCGCCCUGCUGGGCCUAUCUGACUUGGACUAUAUGUUGACAAUGUUUGGCCUGAGCCGGCUGGGGUACACGGUGUUUCUGCUCUCCCCAAGACUCGCAACGGAGGCUUAUACGAGCCUGCUAAGGGAAACCGGGUGCGGAACUGUGUGCUACGACCCAAAGCUGGAAGCAACUGUGAGCAAGAUCCGUAAAGUCGAGGGUUUGCGGCUGCUGCCAAUCUUGGAAAGUGGCGAGCUCGAUGAUGCGGCGAAAGCCAGGCCUCCUACCAGACGAGCAGACGGGAAACCCUCUGCGAAGCACAAGGUGGCGUUUAUUCUGCACUCAUCAGGCUCGACGGGCCUGCCUAAACCGAUUUACCAGACUCACCGAGCGUGUCUUGAGAACUAUUCCAGAGGGCAUGGCCUCCGCGGUUUGUUAACCGUGCCCCUUUACCACACACACGGCCAUGCAUGUUUGUUCCGAGCGAUUUUCAAGCGAGCAACCCUUUAUUUUAUGAAUGCGAGGCUCCCAUUGACAUCGACGAACUUGACUGCGGUGUUGGAAGCUGUCAGACCUGCAAUCAUGUUUACAGUGCCGUACGCACUGGGCCUGCUCGCCGAAACAGACCGCGGGAUCAGAGCCAUGCAAGCCUGCAAAAUUGUCUCGUCGGCCGGAAGCCAGGUCCCCGACGAACUGGGUGACCUGCUUGUUAACUGUGGCGUCCAUUUGAUCUCACACUGGGGCUCAACCGAAACGGGAGCUCUCAUGGACUCGAUGCGUUCCCGGGACGACAAGGACUGGUCGUACAUGUCGGUCUUCCCCGCCGCAAAGCCUUUCGUCAUGAUGAGGCCGUUGGGAGCACAGAGCUACGAACUAGUAGUGCUCGAUGGGCUGAAAUCAAAGACUGCGACAAACUCGGACGACCCGCCGAACUCGUUCCACACCCGAGACACGUUUGCCGCCCAUCCCACCAAACCAGAUCGUUGGAAGUAUACGGGCAGGCUGGACGACCGAGUGACCCUCACAAACGGCGAGAAGGUGCUGCCUUCGGUCAUGGAAGGCCGUUUGCGCCAACAUCCCCUCAUUCGCGAGGCUGUCGUGUUUGGAAUCGGGCGAGCUUUGCCCGGUGUAUUACUGUUUCGCAGUUCGCCCGCAGCUGCCAUGAGUGACGAGGAAUAUGUUGAACACGUAUGGCCUUUUGUCGACGAAGCAAAUUCCAAGGUCGAGUCCUUUGCUUGCAUAUCAAGAGAAAUGAUCCUGCCUAUUGGGGCAGAGGUCGAUUACCCUCAAACGGAUAAAGGCACCAUUAUUCGCGCUCAAGUGUACAAAGCGUUCGAAAGAAUCAUUGACGACAAGUAUGAAGCGCUCAACUUAAACGCGAAAGGAGAUCUGAGACUCAAUCACCACGAUACGGAGCGCUUGAUUCUGGACAGUUUCAAGAAAGAAGGGUCAAUUGAGCUUCUUUCGGCAGACACAGAUUUCUUCUCCGCCGGUGUAGACAGCCUGCAGGCCACGAAGAUGGCAGCGUCUCUCCGAGGAAAGCUGUACCUCCCGAGCGCAAAGGCCUUGACGCCCAAUACGAUCUUUGAACAUGCAACGGCAGCAAGAUUGGCCCGGUAUCUGGUCGGGCUCCAGGACGGGAGAGAGCGCGAGGACGAGGAUGAAGUAGACGUUAUGGAGAGGAUGAUCGAGAAAUACUCGACAUUAUCGACAUUUGUGCCGGUCGACAGGGGUCAAAGCUCUGGACAUUUUGUGGUACUUACCGGAGCAACAGGCUCUCUUGGCAGCCAUAUCCUUGCUGUGCUUCUGCAGCGGCCAGAAAUCAAAAAAGUUUACUGCCUCGUACGCUCUUCAGCGGACGAAGAGGCCAAGCAACGGAUCCUCUCAGCCCUUACAGAUCGAGAUCUGUCGUUGCCAAAAGAGCACGAACAGCGUGUGGUUGGCCUACACAGCGAUCUAGGCCGGGAAGACCUUGGUCUCGAGCCACGGGUGCUCAGCGAGCUGCGAAACAGCGUUUCGUUGAUCAUCCACAAUGCUUGGGCGGUGAAUUUCAACCUGGGCCUGCGCAGCUUCGAGGGCCAGCAUAUAAAAGGGACACAGAACCUCCUCAAUCUCGCCCUGUCGGUCCGAGCAGCGCGGCCGGCGGGAUUCGCCUUACUCUCAUCGGUGUCAGUGGCAUCAGCAACACGGCAGGAGAGCCCCGUUGCAGAGACACUGCUGGAAGAUCUCGACUCGGCGACCAUGGGCUAUGGGAGGUCCAAGCUCGUCGCAGAACACAUGGUACACAACGCGGCAGCCUUUGGAGUCGAGGGCCGCGUGAUUCGUGUCGGGCAAAUCGUCGGGGACAGUCAACAGGGAUUGUGGAACGAUUCCGAGUCGAUACCACUCAUCGUUCGCUCCGCACUGACGCUGGGAUGUCUGCCCGAAUUGCAAGAGUCUUGCUCCUGGAUCCCCGUUGAUUUCGUUGCCAAGAUCAUCGUUGAACUAUGUUCCAACGAGACAGCACCUCCCGGAGCAGGAGCAGGAGGGGGCCGGGAAGUCAAUCCUUCAGCAACAGGAGCCUGCUGCCGCUUCUACAACGUCGUGAAUCCAACGUCAUUCUCCUGGACGGACGACUUACUUCCGUUGCUGCGGCGGGCCGGACUGUCUUUCGAGUCCGUCUCCCCGCAAGAAUGGCUGGCGCAACUGGCAGCCAGUGAGCAGGAUCCGGCUGUCAACCCCACCGUCAAACUGAGAUCGACCUACGAGGGUCGUUACGGGACCGCCGAGAGGACGGCCGAUGAGGGCAUGAGGCAGCACACAAACAGGCAGGUGGUGUUUUCGACGGACAGAGCACAACGGGAGAGCGAGACGAUGAGGAACUUGCCGGAUCUGCUUGUCGGCGGGUACGUGGAGAAGUUCGUUGCGCGCUGGGUAGAAAAGUGGCAGGAUCAAGGUGUUCGGGGUCGAGAAGGCAAGUUCUGCUUGUGA